AUGAGUACGCCAAUAUCGACAUCCGAUCUAUUAUCGGAUGCUGCCUUCCAUGUAAAUGAUACUCAUGUUGGUCAAACGUUAGCGGAUUUAGGUUUAGGUGGCUAUACACCUAUUGGGUUAUUGCAACAUGCCAUCGAUAGCUUGCACUCUUAUGUUGGAUUACCGUGGUGGGGAUCAAUUAUGGUGGCUACAGCUAUUUUACGUGCUUUAACACUACCUCUAGUAGUACGAUCCUAUCGUAACUCGGCUAGAAUGAAUAAUAUCUCACCUACUGUUAGCAGAUUGAUGAAUAAGAUGAGGGCAGCUCCGACUCAGCAAGAAGCUGCUUUGUAUUCGCAAGAACUUAGGCUACUAUUCCAAAAACAUAAUUGCAAUCCUUUCAAAAGUCUUAUUUCUCCUUUAUUGCAAGUCCCUGUAUUCAUCUCCUUCUUUUUAGGCUUACGUCGAAUGUGCACAGCACCGCUGGAAAGUAUGAAAGAUGGCGGAAUGUAUUGGUUUACUGAUUUAACUGCUGCUGAUCCAUAUUAUGUCCUACCUGUAUUAUCGUGUGUGACGAUGCUUCUGACCUUAGAGUUAGGUACCGAAGUCGGAGCCCGUAAUUCUGGAAUGCAACAACAAGCAACAAUGAAAGUUAUGAAGAUAGUCUUUCGAUUCCUAGCUAUUGGAAUGUUGCCCGUUACAGCUCAAUUUCCUACCGCUAUAUUCUGUUACUGGUUGACAUCAAAUAGCUGUUCAAUGUUACAAAUGGUAAUCUUAAAUACUCCAAGAAUUCGUAAAUCCUUUGGUAUACCAGAACUAAUAAAAGUUGAACCUCCUCCGGAAGAAAGUAAGGAUAAAGGCAUUGCCAGCAAUUUUAAAACCGGUAAGCUAGCCGUGCUAUAUCAUAUGCUUAUGUCUAGUUUUAACGACAAACUAUAG